AUGGGGACACCUAAACUAGAUUCAGAUAUGGACGAUGUGGAGCCAAUGGAAGGCGAAGUUAAUGGGGAAUUUACUGAUUCUGAUUCCGACUCAGGGGAGGAAGAUAUACAAAAAUCGGCUAUUCCCUCUAAGGAUGCAGUCUACAACCGAGAUGGAAUGAACGACAAGCUUCAAGAAAUCAGCUGGCCAGAGAACUUAGGCUGGAUACACAAACUCUCCCUUGACAUCAAUCAAGAGCAAGACGUUGAUGUAAACGAUGACCUGACACGUGAGAUGGCAUUCUACACACAGGCAUUGGAAGGGGAGAGGAGGGCCUUGGAGAAGUUUGAAACUAUGGGCCUUCCCUUUCUGAGGCCUCCGGACUAUUAUGCCGAGAUGGUGAAGUCAGAUACCCACAUGCAGAAAGUGAAGAGCCGACUCCUGGCUGAGGAGAGAAACAUGGAGGAAGCUAGGGAUUCGAAUAGGCUAGCUAAAGAGGUUCAAGCCCAGAAGCAGAAGGAGAGAGCAACACAGAAGAAGUCGGAGAUUGAGGCUGCCAAGAAGUGGAGGAAGCAGAGGCAGCAAAAUGGGUUUCCUGCUCCUGGUGGGAAGAAGAAUGGUGAUGAGAUUGAUUUGGACUUUGGAGAUGGUUUGAAUCCGUUUGCUAAGUCCAACAAGCAAAGGCCAGGGGUAUCUCCAGGAGACAGGUCCGGGGGAUCUGAUGAGGAACAUCCGGGAGAUUUGGCGGGAGUUCUUCGACCUCCCCCUAAACUCCAAGCAGCAGUAUGCAAACGAACCUGUUUCCGACGAAGGGUACGGCAGCCGCCUCGGGGUCGAGAAAGGCGCCACCUCGACUGGAGCGACUACUUCUUCCUUCGACGCGGAAACGUCGGAAGGUAA